AUGACAACACCGGGUGAGGCAUACAGGUUGGGUGUCAUGCGGGGGAACAUUGGGAAGAUUCCAGAUUCACAGGUGUCAUCGCUGCGACGUGGGCCAGCAAAUGGAGUUCUGCAACCUGAUGUCGAUGCUGCCGAAGCCCGAAGACACUCUGAAAACUCAGAGCCAUCCGAUAGAAGUGAUGAGGAGAUCGUAUUUGAUGCUCCUACCGGACAAAGGGAUACGACGUCUCUUAGACGAGCCCUAGGAGAGCGCCAUGUCAACAUGGUUACUUUUUCUUGUGUCAUUGGCAUAGGUCUCUUCCUGCAGAAUGGCAGGAUCAUCAACAUUGCGGGACCAGGAAUGGCAUGGUUGGCUUACCCGUUGAUGGGUACCAUCGUUUGGUCCGUCCAAGCAGCUCUGGGGGAAAUGUCAGCCCUUUUCCCAGUGCCGGGGGCAUUGUUCGAGAUGCCUAGUAGGUUUUUGGACCAAUCGAUUGGAUAUGCCGUAGGGUGGAUGGCCUGGUUCGCCUGGGUUGUGAUCAUUGCCGCGGAAUUACAAGGAGUCGCGGGACUCUUCCAAUUCGGAUUCAAAUCGUCAGACCUCGAACGGCUGCAUUAUCCAGAAUCCAAGCUAGAAUGGGGGACAAGCGGCGUCAACCCUGCCGUCUGGAUAUCAAUAUUCCUCAUCCUGGUACUGCUUGUCAACCUCCUCCGUGUGCGGUGGUUCGGCGAGAUCGAGUAUUGGAUUGGUGUUUCGAAAAUCUUGUUUAUCGUCGGGUUGAUAUUCUUUAACAUCGGUAUCAAUAUCGAGACUGGAAACCAUUUUCGCUUUUACAACAAACCGUGGGGAUUCCUCUCCCAUGGAUGGACGACGCCCAGCGGUACUGUCCAGACCGGCGGCUGGGCACACCUCGCCAGCGUAUGGACGGCAAUGACAUUGACCAUAUUCUCUAUGAUCGGGUUUGAGGCUGUCACAAUCACGGCUGCCGAGAACCGAGAGCUCCGUACAUAUGAAGGCGUCAAGAUCUCCAGCAGGAAAAUCGCAAUUCGGAUCAUCUUGCUCUACAGCCUCACUACCUUCACGGUCGGUCUGAACGUGCCAUACGAUGAGCCGCUGCUGGCGAACCAAGACAUUUCUGUCCUGGAUAAUGGAACUCAUUCAGCGUUCGUCCUUGCUGCAAUUCGGGCGGGAAAGAAAUUCUGGCCCAGUUUCUUCAAUGGCUUCUUCAUCAUAUCGGCCACGUCUUCUGGUAUCAAUUCAUUGUACUUGUCGUCCCGCAUUUUGCAUGCCCUUGCUCUCUCCCAGGGUGCAUGGCCGAGGUGUUUGAGAACACUGCGGGACCGUCUAAGGGAGACAGGGUCCAAGGGCGUCCCACGCAAUGCGGUGUUGAUAAGUUGGCUUUUUGGUUUUCUAGCAUAUUUGGCUGCGGGUGGCACCCCAUCACAUCAAUUGGGUCGACUCGCCAUCAACUCGACUGUUUCGAUGCUCAUCGUGUACGCAGUAAUUUGUGUGACCUUCCUGAGGUACAAAACAAUCCUGAGACAAGCAUCCACGGGCCGAUUCAGAGGUACAGACUUUGUUGAGCCUCAGCAGGAUCUGAAGGCGUACUCCCGAAAGAAAGAUUCACAGACCUAUCCAUAUCGGUCAAACUGGCAACCUCUGCGGACAUGCUACGCCCUCUUCGGAAGCACCAUAAUGAUCGUCCUCAACGGUUGGCGGUCGAUCAGUCCCUUUAGUGCGCCAGAUUUUGUGGCGUCUUACAUCAGUAUUGUCAUAUUCAUUGUUCUUUGCAUGUUCUACCGUUGGCACCUGCACCGUCAAGUUCUACCUCGACUGCGUCCUACCAUGAACCUUCGAUACCCUGUUGAAAUGGAUAUCAGUGACCCCAAAGCUGGUCGGGAUAAGCUCCGAUUUGAGAAUGAGGAUAGCUUGAGGACAAGAACUAUCAAGACUGGACAAUGGAUAUGGGUCUGGCUCAAAUGA